AAUCAGAACUCACGGACUCAGGAAGGAAGAACAGUUGCUUCAGUUGUUGCAACAACAUGAAUUGAACUUCCUUGUAAUUCACGCGUUUCCUCGAGCCAAUGGUCCAUUCUUAGACAUAUAAGGCGGAAUUUCACAGUAGGAUACACGAUUUUAAGAUGGGAUACAUGACAGUAGAGGAGCACAGCUCCACCCUGCUCCACCUCAAGAGAUCUCCGGGUAUCCGCUCUUGGUCUCUUCUUGUUGCUAUAGCUUCUGUUGGGUUUGCGGCUGCGUACUACAGCUCAGACAGCAUCCUGUGGAAGCUCUUCUACGUGACCGGCUGCCUGUUUGUGGCCAUGCAGAACAUGGAGGAGUGGGAAGAAGCCGUGUUUGACAAAACCAAGAACCAGAUAGAGCUCACGACCUGCAGCUUGUACACUUUGGUGCUGACAUUGUGGAGGAAGGGCCGAGAGAGAGUUGUGCUGGAUCUGACGCAGCUGUGUGACGUCUGUGUUCAAGAAGAGAAGGUGCGUUACUUGGGGCGUGGUUAUCUGGUGAUGCUGCGGUUGGCUGCGGGCUUCUCCUACCCCCUCACACAGAGCGCCACCCUGGGGGGCCGCAGUGAUGUGGAGGCAGUGGGCUCGCUGCUGAAACGCUUCCUGGGUCUGGAGGAGCUGCAGAAACGCAGGCAGCAGGAGUUGGAGGCCGAGUGCGACGAGGACGAUUCUCUGGACAACAGCACCGCCUCAGAGGAUGAAACAGAUCAAUAACCCCGCCUCCACCAAGCACUGCAGGACACUUCCCUAUACAGUUGUUUGGACUUCCAUCAUCAAAAGUUGCAAACCCAGACCUAACUAAGCGUUCCAUAACCUUCUAGUUUGCAGGUCCAUUCAUUUAAGUCGGCUACCAACUGUUGUGCAACAUACUGUCAAUGAACCGAGGAGGAGAGUUCAUGACAUCUGCCUCCGUAGAUCAGUGUCAGUACUUUGAUAUUGAUGCCACGUGUUAGAAGCAGAGAACUCUCCUCCAGUCACGUCCACUGACAGUAGUUUAAACAUCAUUGGCAGCUGACUUUUACACUUAAAAACAUGGAGACGCUUACACAUGACAUGGGUUUGGGUUCACUCAAGUGGAACGACGUCUUUGAGCCUCGUCAUAGGUUUAAAAAAAGCUAUUUAUUUUGACAUAGCUUUGUUGCCUCAAGUGUUAACAUUAAUUGCAGUUUUGCUGUAUAUUUCAGUCUCACUCAAAUCUGUGGUUAUAUCCGUAGUGAGAUUAGGAUCCAUUUCCAUCUGAUCUCAGGUGGACCGUGAACAGACUUUACACGAGGUGACAUUCUCAGUACAGCUUCAGCUGCAAGUGUCUCUACGUGUGCACACGUCUUUCUUCGCCAUCUUUCUCUUUUAAAUGAUCCUCUACUGAGCUAAUGACUGUUUGAGAAGUGCUCUUCAGAUUACAGAUGUACUGUUCCUUCUUCCCGCUGAACUCUUAAUGAGCGUUUAUGGACGCUGGGAAAGACGAUGGGAAGCAACUUACUCACAGUUUUUCUGGACCAUCCAGCCCCUGUUCAUGUGUUUGCAUGCUUAUUUGUGCUGGGUCUGCACCCCCCGUGAAUUGACGCAUGCAGAAACUGUCUUGGAUCACAAAGACCUUGAGGAACUCAGCCAAGAGUACAAGAGAAUCGUGUGAGAAAUGUUUUGUUUUUUGACAUUUGUGUAACUUCUGGGAACCAAACACUGAAUCUCAGGUUUAUGCUUUUAGUCAAACUGUAGAUUUUUGUUAUUUUAAAUCUUAGGUUUCUGUCAAUGCUGAUGUUUCCUACUCAAGAAGAAGACUUUUUUUAUUUUUAUUAAACUGUUGGAUGAUUUUAUUUUAUUUUUUGUAAACUUUGGUUUGAUGAACUUAAAUAAAAUUGCUUUGUAUCAAACAUCAAUUUUUUCCCCC